GAGGCUGCUUGAGUCAUGCUCGCUCGCCCGCUUGCCGCUCACCCGUGGACCAGAUCCCUGCUAAACAUUUAGCUUGGACGCGGGCCCAGUCCUGCACACUGCUUUCAAUUAUCUGAGCCCGAGUCCGAGGAGCGAGGGGAGGAGGAGGAGGAGGAGGAGGAGGAGGAGGUGGUCUUCCUCCUUCCUUCCCUCUUUUUUUCUCCUGUGUUUUCACUCCACCGCAGAGGCAGAGUGAGGUAAAGACCAACGUUUCCAGCGAUGCAGCGCACAACCAGCGUCUGACCGCAGCGCUCGACAUGCUGCAGCCGCCGCGCUGCGCUCUGUCCCUCCUCAUCCUCCUCUCCCUCGCCCUGCCGGCUGGCGGACAGGCGGCAGGAGGAGCAGCAGGAGCAGCGGACGUCAUCCAGGUGAUGUUCACGCCCACGGUCUGCAAGGUGCUCUGCAGCCAGAACGGAUGUGUGAACUCGUGUCAGAGAGGGAACCUGACCACGCUGUCCAGCAGCGCCAUGGACCGGAGGGACGGCUCCCACGGACCGGGCUCCCACGGACCGGGCUCCCACGGACCGGGCUCCCACGGACCGGGCUCCCACGGACCGGGCUCCCACGGACCGGGCUCCCACGGACCGGGCUUCAGAGUCUUCGUCUGCCCGCUGCUCUGUAAGAACGGGGGAGUGUGUCUCCAGAGGGACCGCUGUCUGUGUCCUCCAGGCUUCACUGGGAGGUUCUGCCAGAUCCCCUCGUCCUCGUCCUCGUCCUCGUCCUCGUCCUCGUCCUCGUCCUCGUCCUCGUCCUCGUCCUUGUCCUCGUCCUCGUCCUCGUCCCCCAGCCAGGAGCUCAGCCGCUCGGAGUUCCUGCUGCCGCUCGCUCACAGCCAGGAAGUGGAGACAGCCGGAGCUCCCAGCCCGUCCAUGGUGAAGGUUCGAGUGGAGCACCCCCCCGAAGCCACCGUCAACAUCCACAGGGUCAUCAAGCUGUCUGGAUUCAGUCCCAGCCUACGGACGCUGCCCGCCCCAUCCUCCUCAUCCUCCUCAUCCUCCUCCUCCUCCUCCUCCUCCUCCUCGGGCUCGGCUGGCGCCCCUGCCCCUGCAAGAGCUCGGGUCCAGGCCCAGACGGUGAGGGGGGGCGGGACCUACACACAGCAGUCUGGCUUCAAGUACUGUUUCAGAGAGGUGAAGGACGGACAGUGCAGCUCUCCUCUUCCCGGCCUCAGGAGUCAAGAGAUGUGCUGUAAAGGCAUUGGGAAGGCCUGGGGCAUCACAGAUUGUGUCCUCUGUCCUGAUAACACAGUUAAAAACACCAGCAACUGUCCAGUUGGGUUUGAACACAGCAAUGGGACGGAGUGUGUGGAUGUGAAUGAGUGCCUCCAGCCGGGGCGUUGUGAGAACGGUCUCUGUGUGAACACCAGGGGGAGCUAUAGCUGUGUGUGUCAGGCGGGGUUCAUCCUCGACGCCACACAUGGAAUCUGCAUCUCCCAGAGUGUGAUCUCGGAGGAGAAGGGUCAGUGUCACCGGGUCCUGGGUCCUGGUCUCGGACCGUCCUCCUGUUCUCUUCCCAUCCUGAAGAGCAUCACCAAGCAGAUCUGCUGCUGCAGCCGGGUGGGGAAGGCCUGGGGCCCCAGCUGCGAGCGCUGCCCCUACUUCGGCUCGGUGGCCUUCAAGGAGAUCUGCCCCGCCGGACCCGGGUACCACUACUCCGCCUCGGCUCUUCAGUUCAACCAGAGAGUCAACGAGCAGCUGGGCGGCCGAGGAGCUCAGCUGGUAACCCAUGGCAACCAGGACCGCCACGGUAACCAGGACCGCCACGGUUCUGGUUCUGGUUCUGGAUCAAGUAGCAGCAGUGCUUCAAGUUCUCAGCCUGAACAAACUUCAUCUGCUGGAGGGAGCAGCUCCAGACCUGGACCAGCUGUGACCACACACAGUCAUCCACAAGCUCCACCCCAGCCUCCACCACGGAUUCAACCACAAGCUCCGCCCCAGCCUCCACCACGGAUUCAACCACAAGCUCCGCCCCAGCCUCCACCACGGAUUCAACCACAAGCUCCGCCCCAGCCUCCACCAUGGAUUCAACCACAAGCUCCGCCCCAGCCUCCACCACGGAUUCAACCACAAGCUCCGCCCCAGCCUCCACCACGGAUUCAACCACAACCUCAACCUCAAGCUCCACCUCAGCGUCCGCCCCAGCUCCAUCCUCAGCCUCCUCCAAUCUCCCGGUCCUCUUCUCGGCCCGUACAGCCCAGCACCGGGGGCGCCACGGCCGGCCAGGGGGGACUGUUGGACCAGCAGAGCCAGCCGGACUCCGUUCCAUCAUCCAGGGCUCAACAGAGGCCAGCGUCCAGUGGGAGUCAAGCAGGAGCUCGCUCCUCCUCCUCCUCCUCCUCCUCCUCCUCCUCCUCCUCCUCCUCCGGGUCUCUUCCUCAGCAGCUUGCAGACAGAAGGGACACUCGACCGGCUGUGAACUCGACACCCCGACCCAACAAAGUCCUCACAGUGCGAGGUGUGUGUGAGAGCAGACCAGGCGUGUGUGGGCGUGGCCUGUGUGUGGAUCAGCCCGGUGGGACACACACGUGUGUGUGUGACGAGGGAUUCCAGCUCGGCUCCCAGCGAACACACUGCCAAGACAUUGACGAGUGUGUGCAGAAUCCCUGCGGCCACGGCCGCUGCGACAACACGCCGGGCAGCUACAGGUGUGUGUGUCACCUCGGUUACAAGCUCAGCGGGAACACCUGCACAGGUAAACAUGGCUGUGGAACGACUGUAUGCCGAGACGCCUCGCUGGGCCGGAGUGGCUCUGAAGUCUGCUUCGUUUCAGACGUGGACGAAUGUCUGGACCCUCUGCAGUGUCCCGGGCAGGAGUGCAUAAACUCUCAGGGCUCGUACCGCUGCCUGUCCUGCAGGCCAGGCUACGGACUGCUCAACAGGCUCUGCACAGACAUUGACGAGUGUCGUCAGGCUCCGUGCUCCAAUGGUCGCUGUGAGAACACACCUGGAAGCUUUCGCUGUGUCUGUCAUCAUGGUUACAAGCUCAAGAACAACACCUGCACAGAUAUUGAUGAGUGUGCAGAACCAUCUCAGUGUCCUGGGCAGAUGUGUGUGAACUCUGUGGGAUCUUACAGGUGUGUGUCCUGUCGUGCUGGAUACACACUGACCAACAGACUAUGUACAGACAUAAACGAGUGUGAGAACUCUGAGUCGUGUCCCGGUCAGCAGUGUGUGAACACUGAGGGAUCCUACAGCUGUGUGGACUGUGCAUCUGGAUACCAGAGUGUCAGUGGAGAGUGUACAGAUGUGGACGAGUGUGCGCAGGAUUCCCAGUGUCCGGGGCAGCAGUGUGUGAACACGGUGGGUUCGUACCGGUGUGUUUCCUGUCAGCCGGGAUUCAGCAGCCUGAAUGGCGUCUGUCAAGAUGUGGACGAGUGUGUGCGUGUCGGAGUGUGUGAGGCGGAGCAGCUGUGUGUGAACACGCCCGGCUCCUUCAGGUGCGACUGCGCGCCCGGGUAUCGAACCGUGGGCCUGGGGCGGCAGUGCAGAGACAUCGACGAGUGUGUGGAGGGCGACCUGUGCUUCUCCCGGGGGGAGUGUGUGAACACACCCGGCUCCUUCACCUGUGUGUGUUCCCCCGGGUUCAGACUGAGCGCCAACCGGACGGCCUGUCUUGAUGUGGACGAGUGUGUCAGGCCUGGUGUGUGUUCAGAUGGAAGAUGUGUGAACACUGACGGCUCCUUCAGUUGUGUGUGUCAAACCGGCUUCACCAGCAACCCUGAGAGGACCGCCUGCCUCGACGUAGAUGAGUGUGUGUCCUCUGGUGGGUCCGUGUGUGUGUCUCAGCGGUGUGAGAACACCAUCGGUUCGUUCCGCUGUCUCACUUCCUGUGAGCCGGGCUACCAGGGGACGGACGGCGGCCGGUGUGCAGAUGUGGAUGAGUGUGUGUCUCAGCCGGGUGUGUGCGGUUCGGCUCGUUGUGUCAACAUGGCGGGAUCCUUCCAGUGUGUGUGUGACCAAGUGGGACUUGAGUUCGACCCCCCCAGCAGAGAGUGUGUGAGGACAGCAGCAGCGAGACUCCCCUCCUCCUCCACCUCCACCUCCUCCUCCUCGUCCUCGUCCUCGUCGUCCUCCUCCUCCUCCUUCUCCUCCUCCUCCUCUUCCUCCUCCCCCUCCGCCCCCCCUCACGCUGUGGACCUGCCCCCCCCUCGGCCCGGGGAGUUGAGAGAGUGCUACUACCACUUGGCGGACCGCGGCACCUGCAGCCUGCUGGCCACCAACAGCAGCCAGCAGGAGUGCUGCUGCACGGUGGGGGAGGGCUGGGGCCUGGGCUGCCAGUACCACCGCUGCCCCCCCACACACACAGCCCAGUUUCUGUCUCUGUGCCCCAGUGGGAGAGGGUACAUCACAGCUGGAGCAGGGGCCUUCAGUUACACUGAUGUGGACGAGUGUAAACGCUUCCAUCCAGAGGUGUGUAAGAACGGCGUGUGUGUGAACAACAUCCCGGGAUACAGCUGCUACUGCUCCAGCGGAUACGUUUAUAACAGCACACUGCUGGAGUGUGUCGACCACGACGAGUGUGAGGAAGAGAGCUGUGUGGGCGGAGUUUGUGUCAACACGGUGGGCUCGUAUUACUGCAGCUGCCCGCCGCCGCUGGUCCUGGACGACACCCAGAGGAACUGCGUCAACUCGUCCCACCUCACCGUGGAUGAGAACCUGUCGGUCUGCUGGCAGCAGGUCUCUGCAGACCUGCUGUGUCAGAGUCCUCUGCUGGGGGCUCAGGUCACCUUUACCGACUGUUGCUGUCUGUAUGGAGACGGCUGGGGGAUGGGCUGUGCCCUCUGCCCUCCAUCCGACUCCGAGGACUACGCCAGCCUGUGCAGCUCCGUUCCUCUUCCGGUGUCGCCGGACCUUUAUCCAGACCCCGCCGGGCCUGAGGCAGGAGUGCGAGGAGGAGCGGGGGGUGGAGGAGGACUCUUUCCGCCGUACGGUCUGGACUUCUUCCCUCCUGUUCUGGUUCCCGGCAGAGACUUCAGCCGGUCGGACUAUGAGGAUUACCCCCCAGCAGGGGGCAGCAGGCGGGGCUUCGGGGGGCGGAGCCCCGCCUCUGUCGGCCUGCCGGAAGAUUCGUACCGUCGCCCUGACUUCAGCACCGGCUACUUCUCUGAAGGAGACUUCGUCCCCCCCUCCGACGGCCGCACCCCCUCCCUCCGCCUCCCCGCCGACCCCCGGGCCGACCUGGGGUUCGGGGCGCGGCCCGACGCCCCCGCCCUCAGCCUGGCGCCGCUGCCCGGCGGGGAGGAGGGGGAGGAGGAGGACGGGAGGUGGAGGCCGGGGCCGCCGUUCCCCCCGUACGGCGACCGGAGCAGAGGAGGAGCAGGAGCGCCGAGGAGGCUGUACGAGAGGCGUUACGAGUCCUAUGGCCUGAGCGCCGCUGAGGAUUGUGGGAUACUGCACGGCUGUGAGAACGGCCGGUGUAUCCGCGUUGCCGAGGGUUACACCUGCGACUGUUACCCCGGAUACGAGCUGGACAUGACCUCCAUGACCUGCAUCGAUGUAAACGAGUGUGAGGACAGUGUUGCCAUGGAGUUUCCGUGUGUGAACGCUCGCUGUGUGAACACCGACGGCUCGUUCCGCUGCGUCUGCAGAAGAGGAUACGUCGUGUCGCGCAGAACCAACCACUGUGUGGCUGCGUAGACCGCCUCGGACCAGAUCUGAUCCGGGUCAGACCUGACGAGACCGGGUCCAGACCGGACCAGACCAGAUCCAACUGGCUGGACUGCAGCAGCCUAAUCCCUCCUGGACUGAACUCUUCUGUUGCACCAAAGCAGCUCAUUUUAUCUUUAGCACUCGUCUUUAUUUAGUUUUUAUUAGAAUUUAUUUUUCAGCACAACUAUUUAAAGUUUUUUUUUAAUCUCACGUGUUUUAUCGUUCUUAACUCUGCUGUGCCAUUUCUUUAUAACCUGAUCAUUAUUUAUUUGAACACGCCUGUUUUCAGCUCCACUCCAGCUGCUUUUCAUUGUUUCUGUUCGUUAGUUUACCGAGAAGGAAAAACCCAAAUGAGGCGCGUCCCGAUUGGUCGCUCUCACCGGACAUCAGCUGUGUUUUUGUGCCCGAUUGCUGCAACGCCACAGGUGAAACUCUCAGACUCCGCCUUCUUUUCUGUCUGGAGGACUGACGGAGGAAGAAAGUCGAUCAAUAGAAUUCAGCAGAUUUCAUCAUCUAAAGCUUGGAAGCUCUCAUCUCUGCUGAUUGUUCAGAUUCCAACGAUGAUCUGCUGACGUGCCGCUAGCCGUUAGCCACACCGGUCGCUAACCUGCUGCUAGCCACACCGGCCGUUAGCCACACCGGUUGUUGAUCAGCCGCUAGCCAUUAGCAACACCGGCUGUUAGCCACACCAGGUCGCUAGCCACAGCGGUUGCUAACGUGCCGCUGGCUGGUUGUUAUGUGAAACUACUCAAACAUAAUUAAAGGUCCAGAUCAGCAGAGCUAACUGAACUGGAUCCCUUGUGGAAGUGUCAUCAUGAUGAUUAGCUAACGAAGCGCUCUUAAGCUCUGUUGAAGUGGAACAGAGUCUGAACUCACCGUCAGCUCCUCGUCUGUCUUAUACGAAUGUGAAGAAUCCAAUAAAGGUCAAAGUUCA